UAAACCACACCGUCUUCAAAACUUUCUCAUUCUCUCAAAGAACCGUCGAGAAGCGCGUGAUGAACGCGCCCCUCGUUCUUUAUUUUUUAUUGACUUCGUAGUUUUCUUUUCCUUCGCGGAGACAAUGGAAGCGCCACUGCGACGUCGUUUGGUUCAUUCCUGAUGUCUUAAUUUGUUCUUUAAACGUUGUGACAGUUGCAAUUGGAGCUUUUAUCUUUGGUUUCUCUCUCUCGCUUUGAUCAUCAAAACCCCAUGUUCCCAGAUUUAACAUGUUGGGAUUUGGUGAGGAAGAACUCACCGUAGAGAGCAACGCAAUUCCAUGCCUGAUUUUUACUCAGCUACUUGUUCUUCUUCUCCUCUUUGCACUUCUCUUUUUCUUUGUCGUCUUCCCUUUGGAUCCCGGCGACAACCUCGUCGCCGCCGACACCACUGCUUCGUCGACCUCUUCCAAUUUCUUCCUCUUCGAUGCUAUUCAGCAGAUUGAAUUACCGCAGGCUAUUCACGAUUCAUCGCCCUCUCAUUCAACGACCACUCUUCAACACCGGUUGCUGCAGGGUGGAGAGAAUGUAGUUAUAAAAGGAGAAAUAACAAGUGGUGCAAGCAUGAGGAUGGAAGAAGAAGAGAUUGUAGAGGAAGAGGAUUCAGAUUCAGAUUCAUCAUCACUGUAUUUUCAGCCAUGCCAUUAUUUUCAGUUAGCCUCGGUAGCAUUUCUCAAAUGUUUUGGCCUGGAUUCUUCAUCUGAUGCACCUUCAACAAGAACGAGAAGAAAAAGAAAACAGAGCUGAUUAUAGAAAUUAUGUCAUUCUCAUCAUUAUUAACAAUUUCUAAAUCAAUUCUCUUGUUGCCCUGUA